GUGCAACCAACAUCUGGACACUUAUAUAACUGGAAAUGUUUCCAAAAAAAAAAAAAAAAAAAAAAAAAAGCGGGAGGGGUGGUUAAUUUUUUGGGCUUUUUUGGCUUUUUUUAAUAUUCCCCCCCCGGCUUUUUCUUCUUCUGGGUCUUUUAAUGCUGCGAGCUGCCACUGGGUUGGGAGCACUGGAGGGAUGAGGAGGCUGCCAAGUGCAGGAAGGGGGGCUGGAGGGAGCGGACAGUGCUGCGGGGUCCUAUGGAGCAGCACCCCCCCGGGACCCCCCACCCAUGCAGCCCCUGGCACAUGUGGGUGCUGAGCCUCGCUCUGCCCAGCUGUGAAAUGGGCAGAAGGUGGUGGCCGGGGCGGGGGGUCAGCAGCAAGAGGGGCUUGGGGUGGGGUAGGGGUCAGGGCAUCUGCAUCCCAUGGGAGCACCCAGGGCCCCAGGGGCGCGGGGAGGAAGGGUCCCCCCCGUACUGCGCAGGAGGGGAGCGGCAGCGGGUCAGGGAUUGCAACACGCCCAGGUAAGUCCUUUCCCACCUGGGCAGGGUAAAUAAAGCAAAGCUUGGGUUACCCGGCACGGCGGCGUGUCAGAAGUGCUGACAAGUGUGGGCGCGUGUCCUGGCCUGGGGGCUUUGCCUGGCAGCCCCCCCGCGGCAUUGCACGGGGCUCCCACCCUGCCGGGGUGCUGCCAGCGGGCUCCCAGGGCAGCCGGCGGCGGGGACCCCCGGGGUCCCCUGCCCCCAGGAUGCAGAGCGCAGCUCCAGAGGCACUGUGGCCUUCCCGACACGGCAUGCUGGUCUGGGGGAGUCCUCAGGGAUGGGGGGUUGGAGCACCCUGCUCUCACCCUGCCAGCAGGAGGGAGACGCUGGGGUGACCCAGCUGCCGGUGGCUCAAGGGUCCCCUUGUUCCGCAUCCAGGCAUUUUCCUGGCCGGCGUCUCUGGCGGCUGCCGUGUCUCUCCCCGGGGUUCCUCGGUGCUGCGCCCACCGUGCAGACAGGGAAACUGAGGCAGGCGGCGGGGCCAGAGGCGGGGGGAUGCCAAAGGCAGGUUUCCUUGCGGGCGCCCCCGCUGAGUCAGCCGGGGCCGGGGUGGGGCCUUGCUCCCAGCACCCGGCCAAGGAUAACGGAGGGGAAAGCGCUUUGCAUAUUUGAUUAAACCCGACAGGUCGUCACCGGGCCAGUUGCGAAAUGUGGGAAUGCCGCGGGGUGCCCCGCCGGCAAGGGAGGCGGGGGAGCGCCUGCCGGCAGGCAGGUGAGGGGGACAGCAGCGGAUGGGACCCUCGGCACGGCAAAGCGGGUGGCCCGGGGGCUGCCGGUGGAACCGGACCCCUAGCCGAGCAGGGUGGGGGGCACCCCUGGGGGAUGCUCUGCAUCAUGGGGGCACCAGCAGCGGCACGGUUUCCACGGACCACCGCCGUCUGGGUCCCCACCGUGACGCUCACCUCUCUCCCCGCACAGGCGUUGUGCCCUUCGUGGCCCUGCUCCUGCUGCAGCGGCGGCCGGUGGCUGGUCGGGCGCUGCUGGUCACCGGCCCCGGCUGCCCCGGUCACGGCUUGUGCCGCUCCAAUGUCCAGGAGCAGACCCGCAGGCAGGUCGCGCUGCUCAAUGCCACCGCCCAGGACCUCUUCAGCCUCUACCUGAAGUGCCAGGGAGAGCCGUUCAGCAGUGAGACCGAAAAGCUCUGCAACCCCAGCAGCAUCUUCUUCCCCGCUUUCCGUGUCAACCGGACGAGUGAGAGGAAGGAGGUCAUGGUGGCCAUGUACAAGCUCUUUGCUUUCCUCAACGCCUCACUGGGGAACAUCACACGCGACCAGGAGGAGCUCAACCCCACAGCCAAGGAACUCCUUGACCGGCUCCACAACACCACCAAGACCACCCGGGGCCUCAUCUCCAACCUCACCUGCCUCCUCUGCAAGAACUACAACAUCUUCCAGGUGGACGUCAGCUACGGGGAGAGCUCCAAGGGCAAGAGCGCCUUCAAGAAGAAGCAGCAGGGCUGCCAGGUGCUCAGGAAGUACGUGCAGGUCAUCGCCCAGGCAGCUCGCAUCCUCCUACCUCAUCUCAGCCCCCCAUGAGCGCCUACCCCGGCUCCUCCGCCUCCCCCUCACCAGCCGUCCCCCCACGGCUGCCUCCUGAACUCCCACCUUCCUAUUUAUUACCCUGGACCCUGCGCUGGCCCUGUCUGCCCUUGUGGGGUGAACGUUGCCGCCCAGUGUGUCCUGGGUAGAGCAGAACCGGGGCCAGCAUCCAGCAGGACAAGGUGGCGCAUCCCUGAGGUGAUGCCGGGGCACGGGCUGGUCCCGGGAUGUGCCUCGGCCGUCCCUGUGCUCCCAUGGGGUGUGGGGAGCUGCGGGUGCUGCGAGGGGCUGGUGGUGGGGCUGGACUCUGUCCCCCAUGGCCGGUCUCCAUCAUGGAGAGCAAUGUGAUGGACAUCCUUUAGCAUCGUCCGAAAGCCUCUGCUUCCCUGGGAAAAGGAUCACGAUGAAGGACGCCGGGAUGCUACGGCUGGGUGGGGCAUGGGGCACAGGGACACGCUCCCCCUGCACAUUUUGAGGCUUGGCUCCCCCACAAGGAGCCGAACUGAGGGUACUGGGGUGGCCAUGGUGGUUGGGGCUGGGUCCCACCACCUUGGAUGAGGCCAUCUGCUGGGGACAGAGCUGGUGGCUGCCCCACCAGGGACCAUCAUCCCCCCGUGCAGGCACAGUGGGGCAUCUGUCCCUCCCCUUUGGAAAAGUGCUUUUCCCAUGGGAAUGGCUCUGAAUGUACUAGUGGCCAAGGGCUACGCUUUGCAUGGCUGAAUGCGGCCCUGGCGUGGGGACGCAGGGACGUGGGGACUUGGGGAUGGGCCCCAGGCUCAUAGCAGGAGGCGCUGGCUCGCUCCUGGCACCAGAGCGGGCUGUGAGGGUUAUUUAUUGCCUCGGUGGAAAGCCCAGCAUGCACUGAAUGCUCUGACCUGACUUUUAAUAAUGUUAUUAAUAAUAAUUAUUAAUAAUAAUUAAUAAUAAGAUUUGUGGUAAUAUAUAUAUAGAGAGAGUUCUAUUUAAUAUUUAUUUUUUUAUACUUCUUUCCCCCCCUUUUUUUAAUUAAACCAACAGAAACAGACUGUAUUCGGCUUCUCUUUGCUGGGUUCCCUUCGUGCUUGCCCUCAAACAUCUCUGCUUCUCCCCUGAAACACAUUUGGGGCUGCCUCAAAAACCUCUCAAGCAUCCCUGUGGGCUGGGGGACACCAU